AAGUCCAAAAAGUCUAAAAUCUUUUAUCUACGACGUGUUUGCUCUGUUAUGCUCCUAAUCCAAAGGGGGCGAUAUUGCGCUUGUAAACACACUUGUACUGAAUGACGCAUGAAGAAGGUUGAACAACGCGCGGGCUGUAGAGAUGGCAGACAGCGGAGUUUCAGUGGGAUCUGAAUCCCUGCAGCUGUAUGAAGCACAGUUUUUCGGCUUCACCCCAGAGACCUGCACUUUGCGAGUUCAUGAUGCCUUUCGAGACUCCCUCAAUCAUAUAUUGCUUGCCGUUGAGUCCGUAUUCGUAAAAAGAUUAUGUCCAGGCCGGGAUCCACCAGCAGAGCUCCGACUGACAGCCCGAGAGAGCACCCAAAAACUGCGGCAGUUCUUACAGGAGCGCUUUGAAAUCAUGUUUCAGCGCAUGAAGGGGAUGCUGAUGGACCGUGUUCUCUCCGUCCCUCACAAUGUCCUGCUGCCCGAUGACCAGCUGCACCAGAAGUACCCAGAAGGUAAAGAAGACCUCAUGAAGCUGCAGGACUCCAUUGCAAAACUUUUGCAGGCUUAUGAAGCCGAGGUCUGUGCCAAGCAAGCGCUUCUCGCUGAGCUCGAGGAGCAGAAAGAAACACAGAAACGGCUGGAUGAAGUGCUGCGGUGGAUCGAGGAACUGCGUCUUUCGUGGAGGAGAGAGGGAAUGGGAAAUGUCCAAGAUAGCGUUAGACACAUGAUGGAGACUGUGGGCCAACUGCAGGAUGUUGUGGGGAAGAUUAACAAGCAAAAUAAAGGACUGGAUGAAGUUUGAUGAAGUUCUGACCUCAAGUGCUGUGGUGUAAUCGCAUAAUCCAUCCACCAGGGGGAGACGGUGCAUAAUCUAUUUGGUACAGUUACAUUAACAUACAAGUACCAUGAUCAGUCCAGCUUCAAAGCAGUACAUUUGUAAUCAGGCGAUUUUCCUCAGACAUUUGAAAUGCAGUCCAUCUCUCCUUCCUCAAAGUCAUUGGGUUUUCUCAUUUGCGAUUCGCUGGCUUUGAUGUUCAGUACAGUGAGAUCUGCAUUAGAUUAGCCCAAAUUUCCCACAGGCUUGAACUGAUGUGUCCAACAGCCUGGCUGGCUUUACACUUUACAGAAAGUUUUAUGUUGUUUGAGGAGAUAUUUUAAGGUCUUUCCCUUGAUGUUCAGAGGGGAAAGAUUUUAAGUUCAUAUUGACUUGUACAGGACCUCAACGCCAGCAGAGGAACACCGAAAUUUUGUACAAAAUCUGAAUCUAAAUUAGCACUUGGAUUGAGUUGCUAAGUGCAAAUGUCAAGAGAUCAAAUGUUAGAAAUAAUUGAAAGCAAAUGUUCAUGAAAAUACAUGUAAUAGACUAUAUGCUUGUU